CUGCGUGUGGCCCCAAGAUGGUGCGGAAGCUGAAGUACCACGAGCAGAAGCUGCUCCGGCGGCUGGAGCUGGUGAGCUGGGAGGCGGCGAAGGGGAGCUUGGCCGAGGUGAAGGCGCUGCGGCGUUACCGGCUGGGUCGGCGGGAGGAUUACGUGCAGUACAAGGCGCUGGCCCGCACCGUCCGCGCCUUAGCCCGCCGCCUCCGUGACCUGGGACCGGCCAGCGCCGCCUUCCGCGCCCGCUGCGCCGCCGCGCUGCUGGAGAAGCUGUACGGGCUGGGGCUGGUGAACUGCCGGCGGUCACUGGCCGUCUGCGAGAGCCUCUCGGCCGCCGCCUUCUGCCGCCGGCGCCUGCCCUGCCUGCUGGUGAAGCUGCGGAUGGCCCAGAACCUGCGCCACGCCGUCACCUUCGUGGAGCAGGGACACGUCCGUGUGGGCCCCGAGGUGGUGACCGACCCCGCUCUGCUCGUCCCCCGCGCCGUGGAGGACUUCAUCACCUGGGUGGACGCCUCUCGCCUCAGACAGAAGGUGCUCGACUACAACCAGGAGCGCGAUGACUUCGACCUGGCCGCCUAGGGAUGCGCCGCCUGCCCUGCCUCUGCUGCCCGCGCUCUUCUGCUCUGCCCCUCGGACGGACAAACCACGGCCGUGCCACUAUCGGAUAUUUCCCCCUCCCCUAAAACACCCCUGAAAGGGGAGCAGGGAGGAAACGUACUCACUUCUAGUAAAGUAUGGCUCUGCCCCUAGUUCCCCUUCACAGCUAACGGCUCCGUUCAUCUGUGCGGAGAAACGUCCCUUCCACAUGCAUCGCCCCAAGAAAACAUCCGAUAACGUGGCCUCAUCACACUUACAUCCCGUAAAGCGAAAGUGCUUUGAAAGGCCAGAUCGCAGGAGAGGAUGCGAUCGGGUGUAAGUGCUUGGCUGCCAGUAAUAGCUGCUGGGAGGGGUUUUAAGCCUGGCCGAGCAGCUGGUUUAGGACUGAGUUUGGCAGCUUUGCUAAGAGGUUGCCCUGCCAGUUCCUCCUUCAGCUGAUGAGCGUGCAGUAUCUGGAGGAGCUGCUUCUGGAAGGGUUUUCUCUUGAUACUGAGGAACAUGUAUGUGGGGGAAAUGCAGGGGUUGUUUGGGUAAACAAGGAGGCCAAGUACUGCAUUUCUGGAACUGUAAAAGUUUCAGCCAAAAACGGAAUUUAAAAAAAAAAAAAGGGCAGGAAAAAAAAAGCCAACUUUUAUUUUCAUGUGAAGUCGUAAAGGGAAGUUUGAUACUCUGAGUUCAGUAUCUUUGCUGUGUGGGGUUCCAGCUGACAACUGGGCAUCAUUUACGGAGCGGGAUCUAACCGGGGAGGCAUUGGAGUAAAAGCUGUCCUAACCGUAACUGCAAAUCUGGGGGGAACUUGUGCGUUUAGCACGUAAUCCAAACAAAAAUUGGUACCCAAGGGGAGCCUCAGGCCUUCUGGGGCUGUUGCGAACUUUAUUGCCCUUCGAAGUAAAGAGCAGAAAAGCAAAAAUAAACCAGUUGUUUUAAGUUGCUGAAGAA